UCUGUGCAUAACUAAUAAGUCUCUAUGAAAUACCAAAUGCGUAGGGUGAAGUGGAUAAAUCUUGUCCUGAUGUUGCUAAAGAUCAAAAUGUGUGUGCAGAUCCUAUUGUCAAUGUUGCUACUGAGGUUUGUUGUUUAAUAUUUUUUCGCUUUUGGUUUUUAUCAUUGAAAAGUAUGUUCUUCAAGAACUAGGUAUCAAAUGUUAUUGUUAGUUUGGUGCUUGUAGUGUCUGUUAUUACCAAUGUUUUUUCUGUAUUUAUAUGUUGUGUUGUUUGUGCGUAAGUGUUAUUUGUCUGUGAAAUACCAUAUGCUUAGGCUGAAGGGGAGAAUUCUAUUGCUCUUGAUGGUGAGACACAAAAUUCGGAAAUAGAUCCUGUAAUGAACAUAGUGGAUGAGGUAUGUUGAAGGAUACAAUCAUACCGGUUGUGAUAUUUACAUUGUUGUUGGUUAAGAAAGAUUUUGCGUUAAUCAUUCCUAAAUGAGGCUUACCUUCAUUUCAAAGUUGAAAUGGGAAUCUGAACAAAGUAAGGAAGGACACAUGUAUGAGGAGUGUCCCACUCCCACAAAUCUUUUGAUGUGCCUAAAUGAGGUGCACAUUGCGAUUUCCAAAAUGACAAUUUAAGUACUUGGAUUGAAGAUGAGGUGCACAUUGCGAUCUCCUAAUUUUGAUCAAUUUGUGUAGGUUGAAGAUGACAAGUUCCCGGCUUUGACAGUUCCAUUUAAAAACUUGGAUUGGGAUGUGCUUGGUGAUAAUGUUGGAACUGGUGGGGUAGACAUGAAGGUCAUUGAAAAGGUGAGUAUGAAAGAAUUGAAGAAGAGAAAGUGGUUCAAAUCUAAGUACAUUUGCAACCCCUUCAUUGCGCCAACGGCUAAGAGGCUUAAGGUUGGAGGAAGUGACAGUGACUAUGAUUCCUUCAAGGCAUGGGUGGAGGAAGAUGAUGCUAUUCAACCUAGCGUACUUCACCAAGAUAUUCCAUCAUCUUACCCGACAAAUAGGACCUUCUUAAGAGUGUUAAUGGAUGAAAAUGAAUGGCUAAGUAGUGAGCGUUUGCGGAGUCACUGUUGCAGAAGUUGCCCUUGAUGCCCGAGUGUGCGUAUGAGAACAUGGCAGCGAAAAGAUGUGAAUUUGCAAUGAGGCUCUGGAGUUUGAGGAAGCGAUCAACGUAGACAAGUUUUAAUGGGUGUGAAUGUGUAGUGUACGAUGGAUUUGUAUGUACAAUCAUUGAUGUAACCUUACUAUAUACGUUUUGUGGUGGUUAGUUUUGGAAUGCAUGGGUUUGGUUGUUAAAUGUAGGAUGUUGUACAAUGUUACAAUAACAAUGUUGUACAAUGUCCUAGAAUGUACUCCCAAAUAUUAUCAAUGUUGUACUUAACUGUCAUUGGUGUUCAUAUAAACAGAGAAAGCUUUUUUGUCUGUGACUUGUAUCCACUUUGUUUGUGCUAUGUACACUAUAAUAUAUGUCACAAAC